CUCCAGCCGCGGCGCGGGCGCACCGCGCGGGGCCGCGGCGCGCGGCCCGGCGCCCUCGCGGGCGGCUUGCCCCCCCUCCGGCCCGCCGGUGGGCUGCCGGGGGGGCGGUCCCUGCCCGCGCCGAGAUGUCUUCCUCCGUUGCAGGCGAUGAGGUCACGAGGCUGUGGCGGGUGCGGAAGACGGUCUUCCAGAUGUUGAGGGACCGCGAGUACCAGGUCCCGCAGAAGCUCCUGGAGGAGUCCAAGGAUCGGGAGUUCGAGAGCGCCUGGAAGCAGGCCUCCGAGGAGGGCUGCGGCCGGGAGAAGUUCAUCAUUCUCGUGUACAAGAAGGGGAACCCGGCGCAGCAGCUCAUCGUGUUCUUUCCGGAGGACUUCGAGAACAAGCGCGUGGGCGUGAAGCCCAUCCGGAUCCUGGCGGAGAAGAUGGACGAGAAGGGCAUCCGGGAGGCGAUCCUGGUGGUGAGACAGCCGCUCACGCCGCUGGCACAGACGGCCAUCAAGGAGGCCAUGUCUAAGAUGCGCAUAGAGGUGUUCGCCGAGAGCGAGCUGAUAGUGAACAUCACGCACCAUGAGCUCGUGCCCAAGCACCAGCCUCUCACAGACGAGGAUCGAAAGCAGCAGCUGCUGCAGCGCUACAGGAUGAGGCCCACCCAGCUGCCGCGGGUGCAGCUCUCGGACCCGGGGGGACCCGAUCCCGCGGUACUUUGGGAUGCGGAAAGACGACGUGGUCAAGAUCAUCCGGCCCUCUGAGACGGCAGGCCGGUACGUGACGUACCGCCUGGUCGUCUGAGCCGCGGGGCGCUGCGGGUCCGCCCCUGUGCUUCGGCAUCGUGCGCAGAGUCCAGCUCGGCCCGACUUGAGCGUAUAUGCGGGCGGGCCUCCGUGCAGCGGCCGCCACGCGUGCCCUGCGUGCCACGGGCGCGUGGAUCCCGGACCUGCCCGCCCCCCGCCCGUCCCCUCUCCUUCGCUGACCUUCCAGGAGGGC